AUGGCCCCCGAGAAGGAUACCCCCGCCACCUCCGGCCCCGAGACGGUCGCCGGGCCCCUGACGUCCGGAGCGGACGGCGACGUCGAGGCCUCCGGACAUUCGCCCCGGGUCGGCGAUGACGAUGCUCUCGCGAUGGUCGGCACGCACACGCAAGACUUCGACCCGGCCGUCGCAGCUCGCGCGGUCCGCAAGAUUGACUGGUUCCUCAUUCCCGCCAUGAUCUUUGGCUACGGCCUGGUCUACUACGACAAAGCAAUCCUCGGAUCGGCGGUCCUCUUCGGAAUGACCACAGACCUCCACCUCUCCGUCCCAACCCCCGCAGGCGGCGUCGACACCUCCCGCCUCUCCUGGGCCACAUCCCUCUUCUACUUCGGCAUGCUCGCCGGCCUGUACCCGAUGACCUACGCCCUCCAACGCUUCGACAUCGGCCGCAUCCUCGGCGCCGUCGUCAUCCUCUGGUCCGGCAUCUGCAUGCUCACCGCCGCCGUGACGACCCACCAGGGCCUCUACGCCCAGCGCUUCUUCCUCGGCUUCGUCGAGAGCAUCAUCCCCACCGGCUUCAUGUGCAUCAUCGCCGGCUACUACACCCAGCUCGAGCAGUCCCUGCGCCAGAGCUGGUGGUUCAGCUCCACGGGUCUCUUCACCAUCGUCGGCGGCGCCCUCAACUACGCCUUCGCCCAGAUCCGCUCCGGCGACCUCCGCCCCUGGCAGUACAUCUACCUCCUCGCGGGGUGCCUGACGUUCCUGUUCGGGUGCUUCUGCUUCGUCAUGCCCAACUCCCCCGUCUCGGCCUGGUUCCUGUCCCCGGACGAGCGCUUCGCGGCCGUCGAGCGCCUGCGCUACGGCCAGACCGGCGUGCGCUGCACAAAGUUCAAGACGUCGCAGCUCCGCGAGUCCGUCCUCGACGUCAAGGUCUGGCUCGUCGCGCUGAUGAUGGCCUCCGCGUAUACCAUGAACGGCGCCGUCUCCGGCUUCGGCCCGCUGAUCGUGUCGACUUUCGGGUGGACCUCCCUCGAGUCGAUCCUGUUCCAGUUCCCGCUCGGCGGCAUCUGCUUCAUCGUGAUCCUUUUGACGGGGUACAUCGGCUCCCGGGUUCCGAAUGUCCGGAUUCUGAUGCUGGUCGUCUGCUGCCUGCCCGUCAUCGCCGGCUGCGCGUUAAUAUGGCGUUCCGAGUGGACGCACCACGCCGCGGCGCCCGUGGUGGGAUACUCGCUGACCGGCUUCUUCGGCGGCGUCGUCAGCCUUAUCAUCACGUUGGGCAUGUCCAACGUCGCCGGCCAUACGAAGAAGAGCUUCAUGGCGGCGACCAUUUUCGUGGCGUACUGCGUUGGAAACAUCGUCGGGCCACAGCUCGUCAAGUCGCAGAGCAAAGCAGACCACUACCCAGAGCUUUGGUUGGGACUCAUCAUUUGCUACAUCAUCUGCAUCUUCGCCUCAGUGGCGCUGUACUAUGUGCUCUGGAGGGAGAACAAGAAGCGCGAAGCUUUGCCUGUCGACGAGGAAGAACGGGCAAAGCUCGCCUUUCAAGACUUGACGGAUAAGGAGAACCCUUACUUCCGCUAUGUCUACUGA